AUGCAGGAGAAGGAGCUUUCGCCAGUACCUGCCUCCAAGUUCAGACCUCAGUCCUCGUUACCCCAUAGUGCAGCUCUUAUCCUCACUCGAGGACUUUCGCAACAAACCAAAACUGCAUCUCAAUCACGGCGGUCCUCAACAGUAGCCACAACCCCAAAGACCGCCAUUGGACUACAGCUGCCUCCUGCAUCUUGCCCUGGCCCCAAAUUCGUCUCCCGCCAGCAUCAACCUGCGUUCGAUCGGAGCUUCCGGUUGGAGCGAUCUUUUCAUCGCAAUCCUCCCAAUCCGGCGCAGCAAGUGAACUCUGCAAGAGACGAACGUGAACGACGCCAGCCACAGAACAAAGAGUCCGAGUCCAUUGGGUGCUCACCGCCAGUACCAGACGACAAAGAAAGAAAGAGUCCGGACGACCAGCAGCUUCCACGUUUCCGCGUUCAGCCAAGCUUCCCUAUCCCUCACAUCCAACACGUCGACCGAUCACGAAGCGAAAUAACGCGCACAUCUUGA